AAGAGAUUGCAACACCUUUCAACCAUAUCUACGUAGCUGAUCCACCAAAGAUGUCGAACAGUGGAACAGCAAAGGACCGGACUCUGAUCGCUGUGAUCGGGGACGAGGACUCGAUCACCGGAUUGCUUCUCGCUGGGAUUGGACAUGUGGAUAACCAGCAGAAGAAGAACUUCUUGAUCGUGGAUGGCAAGACGCCGACCGCCGUGAUCGAGUCGGCUUUCCAAGAAUACACGGAACGACCCGAUAUUGCCAUUCUUCUCAUCAACCAGCACGUCGCGGAUAAAAUCCGUCUCACGGUGGACCGGUACCAAGCUGCUUUCCCGGCAUUGUUGGAGAUUCCUAGCAAGGACCACCCGUACGAUCCUUCGAAGGACUCUGUGCUCAAGCGAGUACAGAAGCUGCGAGGCGAUUGAGUACGGCCUUCAACACUACCGCUGAUGUUCUAUCGCAGAAGCCACCUUGUAUCACUUCUAUCACCUCUUCGGUUCAUGCUUAUACCAACAAUCAGUACAAUGUCGCGACCCUCCAUCAUUUCAAUUAUCCUGGCUACCGCUGUCGUGAUCGAAACUGGUAAGCCGUCAAUCGGAUUUGACGAUCAGCUAAACCCCGCCUAUUUCUGUAUGGCAUGCGCGUGGACAAGCGCCAUCGUCAUACCCCUCUGAAGGUAAAGGUUUCCUUUGUUCAGAUAAGACACGCUGGCCUGUCAUGUUCGAAUUAGCGUAUAUACAGCAACCCGCACGGAUCUGUCUCUUGGAACGCAAUAUUGACACGAUCGAUCGAGCUGUUGAUCAGCAUGCGCUGUAAGAGCGCCGAAGACCUUGAUUAUGCUUCAUAAGAAAUCCAAGCCAUGCAAUCUGAGGCCAAGGCUGGCUUUUAUCAUAUUACCUACCAUAGCCCCAUAGGUGGCGG